GUCCUGUCGCACAGAUGAGGUAAUAACAAAGAUGGCGGCCCUCGGAACAGCACGGUGCUUGUUGCGGAGCUGCUCUGGGGUGAAAAAUGUGCAAAGGAGCAAACAGAUACUGAUGAGGUCUGGCGCGAGGACUUUUUGCAGUGAAACACAAGAUAAAGCUGCCACAGACCAUGCAAAGCCCCAAUUCACCGAUUCAGCUGUGCAGGACAUUCUCACCAGGAUUACAAGCCUGGACUUGCAGAAAGUGUACCGACCCAUUAAGCAGGAGCUGAAGCCACCCACGUAUAAACUCAUGACGGAUGAACAGCUGGAACAGGCAGUCGAGUUAGCCAAAGAGCAAGCUAAAAAGCUGCUGCAGAUGCCCCCUGUGUUGCCAGAGAGGAAGCCCAUCAGCGAUGUGCUCUGUGAGGAUAAGAUCCUUGACGGCAUGGACACGGCUAAAUACGCCUUUACAGACAUCACCUAUAAUAUUCCACACAGGGAAAGAUUUAUAGUUGUACGGGAACCUAAUGGAACCCUUAGGAAGGCCACUUGGGAGGAGAGAGACCGACUUAUCCAGGUCUACUUCCCUAAGGAGGGACGCAAGCUCACUGCACCACUUCUGUUCAAAGAGGAGAACCUCAAGUUGGUGUUUUCCCAGGACCGCCAUGAGGAUGUGUUGGACUUGUGCCUCGUCCAGUUUGAGCCAGACUCUUCAGAAUACAUCAAGAUACACACGGCCACAUAUGAGGACUUGGACAAACAUGGCAAAUAUGAUCUGCUGCGGUCCACCAGACACUUCGGAGGCAUGGCCUGGUACUUAGUCAAUACUCGUAGGGUGGAUGGGCUCAUAGUGGACAUGCUAAAAAGAGAGCUGCUCCAUGAUGCUGUAAGCCUCGUGUCUCUGUUUCACAUGGUCCACCCCCACAGUGAGUCUGCCCGGGAAGCUGCCAGCCAACAGGCCACAGGCACCGACCUGCUUAAGAUCUAUGCCCAGAGGGACUCCCAAAGGUCGGGGUACAUCGAGCUGGCUCUGCAGGCCUAUGAACAGACUGCUGUUGAGGGCUCUGCUUCAUGAUUGCUCCAUACCUCAAUAGAGAAAUGCUAUACAGAAUGCCGGGAAAUCCUGCCUCUCAUGUAUAUUGUUGUUUUUGUGUUGGGCCAAGAGUAAAAUAUGGUUCUCCAAAGGAAACCUUUUCACAUCACAACCAACAAUUUGAAGAGUUGGCUGAAACGUCUUGUGAGAUACUUUAAGAUGUUUGUUUCUUACGUGGAGAAAUUGUCUGUGUAGUUCUUUGAAUCAAGCUUUGUGUCUCCUUAUAUCAUGUACAUAAAAUAAAUACAGCCUUUGUA